AUGAGUCGCGUGUUGGAGGAUCCGCCAGCCUAUGGCGACAACAAGAAGGGCGAUGAUCAAGUCCCGAUGAAGAGUGAUGUAGACGACGUCGAAGCUGUCGGACGACUCGAGCACGCCCGCGAGGCCAAGCGCCAGAUCGGCAUCCCCACCGCGUCCGGCCUCGUCUUCAACCGCAUCAUCGGCACGGGCAUCUUCGCGACCCCGAGCGCCAUCUUCUCCCUCUCGGGCAGCGUCGGCCUCUCCCUCUUCAUCUGGGUGGCAGGCAUGCUCAUCGCCGCCGCCGGCACGGCCGUCUACCUCGAGUUCGGCACGGGCAUCCCGCGCAACGGCGGCGAGAAGAACUACCUCGAGUUCGUCUACCGCCGCCCGCGCUUCCUCGCCACGGGCCUGUACACGGGCUAUGUCGUCCUGCUCGGCUGGUCCGCGGGCAACUCGGUCAUCUUUGGCGAGUACAUCCUGCACGCGGCGCAGGUCGAGGUCACGCGCUGGAACCAGAGGGGCGUCGGCCUCGCCUGCAUCACCGUCGCCUUCCUCAUCCACGGCACGGCGCUGAAGUGGGGCCUGCGCCUGCAGAACCUGCUGGGCGUCAUCAAGCUCGUCAUCAUCUUCCUCAUGAUCCUGGCCGGCUUCAUCGCGCUGGGUGGCCACCUCAAGAUCCCCGAGAAGCCCAACAACUUCCACAACGCCUUCGAGGGCACCACCGGCAGCGCCUACGGCGUCGUCACGGCGCUGUACAACGUCAUCUGGAGCUACAUCGGCUACAGCAACGCCAACUACGCCCUCAGCGAGACCAAAAACCCCGUGCGCACGCUCAAGAUCGCCGCGCCUGUUGCCGUGGCCAGCAUUGGUGUCAUGUACAUGCUCGUCAACAUCGCUUACUUCGCUGCGGUCCCCAAGGAGGAGAUCCUUGCGUCGAAGCGCCUCGUUGCCGCGUCUCUGUUCCGUAAUGUCUACGGAAGCGCGGCCGAGCGGGCAUUGUCAGUGUUUGUGGCUCUGUCUGCGUUCGGCAACGUCCUGAGUGUCAUCUUCUCUCAGGGUCGAUUAGUCCAAGAGCUCGGCCGAGAGGGUAUCUUACCGUUCUCCCGCUUCUGGGCCAGCAACCGGCCCUUCAACGCGCCUCUCGCUGGCCUCUUUGAGCACUGGCUCAUCAGCGUCAUUACCAUGCUCGCACCGCCUCCUGGCGACGCCUACAACUUUAUUCUCAACCUCAUCUCGUACCCCCUCGCCAUCUUCAACUCCCUCGUCGCAGGCGGCCUCGUCUUCCUCUACUUCCACAGGGACACCUGGAACUGGCACCCGCCCAUCAAGGCCACCCUGCCCGUCGCCGUCUUUUUCAUGCUCAGCAACAUCUACCUCGUUGCCGCGCCCUUUGUCCCGCCCGAGGACGGCCAGAACGUCUACGAGACGCUGCCCUACUGGAUCCACUGCGUCGUCGGCUUCGGCAUCAUCUUUGCCGGCGGCGUCUACUGGCUAUUCUGGGCCGUCAUUCUGCCCAAGAUUGGGAGGUAUACCCUGGAGCGCGAGACGGUCGUCGACGAGAUCGAUGGCUGGGAAAGGAAUAUGUUCUUCAGGAGGCCGUAUGCGGCUACCAGUGAGACGCCGGCCCUGUAG